UGAGAAUAUAAUUGCUUAUUUGGCACAUCAGAUUUCAUAUUUUGUUAUUAAUAUAUCAUUAGCUUACACGUAUGAUAUUUUGUAAAUACCAAAUUUUUGAAUAAUCAUUUCUAUUAUGAAAUUACGUGUUUCUUAUUCAACAGUUCUUUGUGUAGUCAAUUCAAACGUAAAAUGCAAAACAAAUUGGUCUGAAGGCUAUUGAUAUGAUUUAAUUUGCUUUAUAUGCGUCAGUAGUGUAUACCCGUUUGAAUAGCUGGCGUCUUCAGUGUCAGAUUUCUUUCCGUAGCGCAACUUAUGUUCGGAUCUGAGGCUUGAAAAACACAAUGGAUACCAAGGGUGGCGACUUUGAGGCCGCUCCUCCUAAAGAGAAUAAAGAUGACGACAAAACUGAACCCAGCGAAAUCAUUGAAAUGACUGAUCCAACAAAAGAUACAAGCGAUAAAAAACAUUUGUGUGAAACAUCGCCCAACUCUUCGCCGUCAAAACAUUUAUCAUCAAGUUCAGUUAAUAAGUGGAGAAAGUUGGCAAUUGCAGUCAGCUGGAUUAGUAUCGUUUUGUCAAUUGUUUUUGGAGUUUUAUUAUUUGGUUUUUCUAUGGAAGACAGCAGUUCAGCAGCAUUUGGAUUUGCGAUUACGGCGUUACUAAAUUCAAUGACGUCGUUUGUUGUGGUAUGGAGAUAUUAUGGAGCUUAUUCUGCGUAUUCUGAAAGAAAAGAGGAUAAAGCGCUUGUUGCACUUGGAGUAUUGUUCGUUUUGUCAUCCAUAUGUACUGUGGGAAAAACUAUAUACAGCGUUCUUGAUCAUAUAAGACCAGACUUCUCGGUCGGUGCUGCUGACAAAUUAAUAUUGAUAUCAAUAAUUGCUGCAGCUCUACUGUUUUUUCUUGGUUUAUCACAAAUAUUUAUCGCAAAGAAAUUAGAUUCUUGCACACUUCUAACUGAUGCAAUAAAUACCUUUUCGGCGGCUGUUAUGGCUGUUUCACUCGUCAUAUCAUAUCAAGUUGGAGAAUAUCAUCCUGGAUAUUGGUAUCUUGACGACGUUACUGGGAUGGUGAUCGGCUGCUUCUUAUUCAUAUAUGGCGUAAUGUUAUUGACGAAAUAUAUUCCUUUACUCAUGAGGAUAAACGAUUAUGAAGAGACUACGUGAAACAAAAAACAAAUAUGUUGGUUCAACAAAUACCCAACUCAAAUUCAACAAAUACAUUUGUAGAAUAUUAUGACACUAGGUGCAAUACCAUGGAAUGGACAUUUGAAACUUUUUUUUUUGUCACGAAAUAUGGAUCAAGAAAUAUGAUUUUUUCGUCUCUUCUCCUUGUGGAUGUUCUUUAAUGUAGCUAUAUCACUUCUAUUUUCCCAGGGUCAGGGGCAAUAAUUUUAUUGUAUUAUUAUUAUCAAAUUUAUAUAUUAUAAACAUGUAAAAAUUGUUCUUUUUAUUUAAUUCAUAUUAAAUUAUUUAACGAGAUUUUACCUGAAGUUGCUAAAAUCUUUCACCGUAAAAUAGAAAGAAAGCAAAAGUACAAAGUGGCUAAUGUAUUGUAUUUGUAACGUAGCAAAUUUAUUAAAUUGUAGUCAUAUAUAGUAGGUAAUUCUGUUUUAAAAAUUUCACUAACACUGUCUGAUGUGAUGUCUGAUGUGACUCAUCAUUUCAUUAUUUUUCAACCAAAGACUAGAGGUACGGCUUAUGUUGUUAUUGUUUCGAUCUGAUUUCAACAGUGCAACUAGUGCAUCAGUGUUUAGUUUGCUAAAUCUGCCCGCCUUUUUGUGUGCACAGUAUCUAUAAAUACCCCACGAUAUAUAUAUAUAAAUUUCUUUGCAUUAACGGAUUAAUUGACACCUAUGAAUCGGUUAGAAGCAGAUGAAUUAAUUUUUCAAAACUAAUAAAACAAUAAAUUUUUCUGGAUAUUGAAGCAUAAAGGCUAUUACUUUUAUUUAAUUUCUUCAUUUUUUUUUUACUCUCAUGGAUCCCGGUGUUUUACCCCAAAUUUUGAUGCUUUCUUUUUCAUUCGGUACUCUCGGCCUUGUAAUACUUAAAUCGAUUCGGCAACUUCGUAUAUUUUCAUAUACAGUAUAUAUAUUCGAGCAUUGCUCUAUCAUUUUCCAAAUGCAUUUUUGUGCUGUGCCUUUUAUUCAUAUGCAUUUUCCAUUUUCAUCACGCAGUCGGUUUUCUGCAUCUGAUACCCAAUUGUUCAAAUCAUGGAGAGACGAAAGCAUUUAUGGUUUUUGUGUUCCUGUCAAGGUCUAAAGCAGAUAUUCUCAAACUUCAAUUGUUAAUAAUAUGUUAACAAGGCAACAGCUAUUGUGUUAACUACGUAUAACUAGAUCUAUUGGUGUGAAAAAAUUGGUAGGCGUUCUUAGAAAUAAAUAGAACAAAUUUACAGCGA